AUGAGUGCAGAACGUCGCAGAAGUCUUCGUUCACACAGUAACGACAGAAACCGUCGUCAGUCAUUUGAUGCACCAUUGAGUAAUCAGUUCGAGUCUGAUUAUCAGUCCAUGCCUGAUCAUCCCUCAUUUGAUAGCGGUGUUAGACAUAGGAAUAGGUUGUAUCCUGAACUUGAUCAGUCCAUUGAAGGAUCAUUUAAUACGGCUGAUGAAGGUGAUAUAUCUCACUCGGACGUUGAUGGCAACGAUAAGGAGUAUGAAAUGGGUGGUGAAUGCGGCGAUGAUAAUGAUGACGAGCUACUUGAGGGAGAGGAAUAUUCACGUAUUUUACCAAGAUCACGUUCUAACUCGAAUCUUUCGUAUAGUCCGGAAACGGGAUAUGACAAAGUGGUGAUUUUUUCAUUGACAGUUCUUAUUAUUGUUAUGGCACUUAUUUGGUUCUUGAAAGGUGGAAAUGAGCUUCAUCAAGCUUUUGAUCAAAGGAAUCAAGCUUUUGAUCGAUACAAAAAUGAAACGGGAAGGUUGCUGAAGAAAAAUUAUCCCGGGACAGAUGUGAAAGCGAGGGAUAUUCUUCGACUUAUGGGUGAAAAACUAAUCAUAAAGGGGGAGGAUGAAGUUGAACCAUACGUGGUAUUGAUUGUUGGUCACCGUGCCAGUCUAUUCGCGAAUGACAUUUUGAAUAUAUUCAUCAGUGUUACAUCAGAUCAACAACAAAUAUCCAAUAACUAUACGAAUAUUAAUAAUAUUUCAUUAAAUGCAUCCACAAAACGUGAUAAAUUAGACGAAGAUAUCCACAAUUUUUUAUCAAAAGACUCGAAAGCCGUUAUUUUAGAUGGCAUUGAUAAAUUGCGAGGAGAUACACCGCUGAGUCUACAAGGUGCGUGUGAUCCAGACUCGUCUCCUUAUCGAUCAUCAUUAAUAUUAUUAACGAUCAAUAGAAAUGUUUCAUUCACGGCCGAUAAUGAUGAUAAUAAUAAUACCGAAAACAGUAAACAAUGUGAAUUAUUCAUUUCAAAGUUAGUUUUUGAUGAAAUUCAUCUUGAAGAAAUAGAAAUUAAUCAGCCAUUUUUACUUCAGUCUAUUGUUGAACGAGUGGCAAUCGGAAUACAUGAACAAGGAUCGUAUAUCACCAAUUUUAUCACGUAUCACCUCAUAUGUUAUAUGCCUGAGAUAAUCAUUGCGUACCUAUUGUUAUUACAGUUUUCGUUAUCGUUCACUAUUGUUGCCGAGCGAAUUCGUUAG